CCAACUUAUGAUAUACAUAUCUGAUUGUGCUAAAGUGGAACUAUUGCAAGUAUACUUUAGGUACACUUUAAAUAUUUUGCAUUUAAAGACUGAUAUUAUACAGUGAUCAUACAAUCAGGCUCAAUAUUAAGAAAUUGUGCAUUGUGCAAUUGUGCAAGUGCAUUGUGCACUUGUAGUAGUCCAAAUAAAGUAUAAUUAUAAUAAUUAUAAUGAAUUAUAAUCAGUAAGUCUCAAGCAAUAUGUUAGUAAAUAUGUUAAUAUACUGAACUAUACUUAGUAUGAAAUAAAUUUUUUUUAAAUAUUACUUUUUUACUAGAGUGCACAGUCUCUAUCAGAGGAUCACAUCUCUCAAUUGCAACCACAGAGCUGAGUCUUACUCCGAGACACAUGAAGAUGUGAAAGGUGUGAAUUUUACUUGCAUAAGUGCACAAAAGACAGCCAGCAAUCAGUUUCACUCUUAGACUGUACACCUCCCGACCAUAACAACACAGACAAUGAGCAAGGAAUGGGUAGCACGCUUGAAAAACGAAGUGAAGGAGAGUCCUUUUUAUUCAAAUGCAAUUAUUGGCUUUUUAAUGGUGGGACUUGAGAAACUCAUGGAGAUGGAUUUUGCAUGUCCUUGUAAUCCAGCGAUGAAUCGUGUGUUUUCUGCAAUGUAUUUUGUGAUUCCUGCUCUAUUUUCAAGCGCACUCAUGUUUUAUAUUCAAAGCCCACAAUGCAAAACAAAGUGUCCGGUCUCUUUUUUGACCUGCAUCAUUCCAGCUGCUGUUUGGAUCAUGCUGCUGUUGUUUGAUGGGCAAUACUAUGCCUGUGCAAAAACCUCAUGGGAAGGACUGACGGUCCACACCGAUAUAUCUGCUUCAACAACAUGGUGUCAGCCUUUGAUCAAUCCUAACAACAUCACUGAAAAGCAAAUGACAUUUUUUGGUUUUCGAAAUACUUCUCAGAUAUUUGCACUGGUCAUGCUGUUUCUGAGCUCUGUGUGUCUGUUUGCCUUUGGAUGUAAGACGUGCUGGAACAAGCAGCAGGAAGCACGAACCGAAGUAGAUGAUCAGGAAAUGGGGGACCUUGCUCAACGUUCAGUACCCCCUCCUGAACAAUCUUCAUUAAUUGAGGAUGAAAGCAGAGCACAUCCUCAUCCAACUGUUCUACAAAGUGCAUUUGUUUCUCAGAAGUAUUGACAUCAUGGUGAAAACCACAUCCUGUCAUUCAGUGCACUGCCUUAUGUAACAUGGCACAAUGUGCUGCCUACAUUCACUCAUUGUUAUCUUUCAUGCUAUUGGCUUGUGUACUGUUUUGUAAGUUUGUUAAAUAAAAUACACUUUGCAACUGAUUUCUGUCAUUUUUUUUUUUUUGCUAAAUCUGAAGGUAUGUGAGGAUAUAGGGUUAAACUUAAGCAUUGAGUGUACAUUGACCAACUGGUUUUGGUUGCAGUUGACCUUAAAUGUUUCCUCAAGGCAGGAGGUAAAUUUUCACAACACAGAAAUAAAGAUGUUUAUUAACCCUUUAAACAGCACCCCCACUAGCCAAAAAUGACAUAUUCCCAACAUGAAAUGGCUGCAGCUUUUGAAUCCUUCGGUCUACAGGCAAAAUCCUGGUCUUGUUUGAAAGCAGAUUUUGACAAUUUCUUGACUCAUAGUAGUACAGGAACAGUUUUAGAGAGGCUCAAAUAGACUGAAAAAUGACUAUUAUUUUUUGUACGAUACUUUCAAGAAAAAGAAAAUAAGGGAUUUGAGAGGUUUGAAACAUAUUUGAAAUAAAGAUACAUGUUUUACUAAGUUCUGGUUUAAGUUUGAGGAUGAUUCUGAUGAAACUGUAUUUUCA